CUGGCCUCCUCCUUCGGGCUCCUGCAAGUCGCGGUGCUCAAAGGGGCGCGAGAGCUUAGCUGUGCACGGUUCUGCGCCCGCGGCAGCUUUUGCACCUCGCGCUCUCCAGCCAUGGGUUUCCUCAGUGGACCUCUCGCGUCCUUCUUCCUCUUCCUCCCCCAGGCACAGGUUUGCUGGCUGCUAUGCGCAGCCUCUCAGCCUUGCCGGGCGGGCUUCGGGGAGGCUGGAGUGACCUUGGAGACGGGAGCUGGAGAGGUGCAGCCGGGCUCGGCGCUGGAGCAAGCUUUUGCCGGCCGCCCUGGGCAAGAGUUGGCCCCACUUGGGACUGAUAACGACUUCACUGUAUUGAACGGGGAAACUGUCCAGGAAAAGAAAGUUUGGAAGACCUCCUCAUCCCAGCGCAUCUUACGAAGACACAAGAGAGAAUGGGUAGUCCCGCCAAUAUCUGUCCCUGAGAAUGGCAAGGGUCCCUUUCCCCAGAGGCUGCAUCAGCUCAAAUCUGAUAAGGACAAAGGCACCAAGAUUUUCUACAGCAUCACAGGGCCUGGGGCAGACAGCCCCCCGGAGGGCAUCUUCGACAUUGACAAGGAGACCGGCUGGCUGCUGUUGAAUAAGCCACUGGACCGGGAGAAGAUUGCCAAGUAUGAGCUUUUUGCCCAUGCUGUGUCAGAGAAUGGUGCCUCAGUGGAGCAGCCCAGGAAUAUCUCCAUCAUUGUGACGGACCAGAACGACCACAGACCCAAGUUUACCCAGGAGGUCUUCAGAGGGAGUGUCUUGGAGGGAGCCCGGCCUGGUACUUCUGUGAUGCACGUGACAGCCACAGACGAGGACGAUGCCAUCAACACCGACAACGGGGUGGUCGCUUACUCCAUCCACAGCCAAGAACCGAAGGACCCACACGACCUCAUGUUCACCGUCCACCGGAGCACGGGCAGCAUCAGCGUCGUCUCCAGCGGCUUGGACCGGGAGAAAGUCCCCGAGUACACACUGACCAUCCAGGCCACAGACAUGGAUGGGAGCGGCUCCACCACCACGGCAACGGCCAUAGUGGAAAUCCUUGAUGCCAAUGACAACGCUCCUAUGUUUGACCCGCAGAAGUAUGAGGCCCGGGUGCCUGAGAACGCAGUGGGCUUUGAGGUGCAGAGGCUGACAGUGACCGAUCUGGAUGUCCCCAACUCUCCAGCAUGGCGCGCCAGCUACAGCAUUGUGGGAGGCGACAAUGGGGACCAUUUUACCAUCACCACCCACCCUGAGAGCAACCAAGGCAUCCUGUCGACUAGGAAGGGCUUGGAUUUUGAGGCCCAAAACCAGCACACGCUAUAUGUGGAAGUGACAAACGAGGUCCCCUUUGUGGUGAAGCUCCCAACCUCCACGGCCACUGUUGUGAUCCAUGUGGAGGAUGUGAAUGAGGCCCCUGUGUUUGUCCCACCCUCCAAAGCCACCGAGGCCCAGGAGGGUAUCUCCGCUGGGGAGCCGAUCUGCGUCUACACUGCACAGGACCCUGAUGAGGAGGGCCAGAAAAUCAGCUACCACAUCCUGAGAGACCCAGCUGGAUGGCUAGCAAUGGACCCGGACAGCGGGCAGAUCACUGCCGCAGGCCUCCUAGACCGAGAGGACGAGCGGUUUGUGAACAACAACGUCUACAAAGUCACGGUCUUGGCCACUGAUAAUGGGAACCCUCCCGCCACUGGCACGGGCACCCUCCUGCUAACACUUACUGACAUCAACGACCACGGCCCGGUCCCUGAGCCCCGCCAGAUCACCAUCUGCAAUGAAAACCCGGUGCCCCAAGUGCUGAACAUCACGGACAAGGACCUGUCCCCCAACUCCUACCCUUUCCAGGCCCGGCUCAUAUUUGACUCGGACAUCUACUGGAUGGCAGAGGUCAAUGAAAAAGGAGACACAGUGGCCUUGUCCCUGAAGAAGUUCCUGAAGCAAGACACGUACGAUGUACACCUCUCUCUGUCUGACCACGGCAACAAUGAACAGCUAACAGUGAUCAGAGCCACCGUGUGUGACUGCCAGGGCCACGUGGAGUUCUGCCCCAAGCCCUGGAAGGGCGGCUUCAUCCUCCCCAUCCUGGGGGCCGCGCUGGCUCUGCUGCUCCUCCUGCUGGUGCUCCUCUUGCUGGUGAGAAAGAAGCGGAAGGUCAAAGAGCCUCUUCUGCUCCCAGAAGACGACACCCGUGACAAUGUCUUCUACUACGGUGAAGAGGGUGGUGGUGAAGAGGACCAGGACUACGACAUUACCCAGCUCCAUCGGGGUCUAGAGGCCAGGCCUGAGGUGGUUCUCCGCAACGAUGUGGCACCAACCUUCAUGCCCACACCCAUGUACCGUCCCCGGCCAGCCAACCCAGAUGAGAUCGGCAACUUCAUCAUAGAGAACCUGAAGGCGGCCAACACGGACCCCACAGCGCCCCCUUACGACUCGCUGCUGGUGUUCGACUACGAGGGCAGCGGCUCUGACGCCGCCUCCCUGAGCUCCCUCACAUCCUCGGCCUCCGACCAGGACCAGGACUAUGACUACCUGAACGAGUGGGGCAGUCGCUUCAAGAAGCUGGCGGACAUGUACGGUGGCGGGGAGGACGACUAGGUGGCCCUGCCAGCAGCGCUGGGAACUAAGCAUCAGGCUACAGCCGCGUCUCCAAGGGGGCUCGGUGCCCUCCCAGCCAGGGGCUUCGGAGCUCGUCGGGAAGUGGCCUGAGCAGCUUAGAGGGCGGAGGCUGCACGCCCGACCUGAGCCUUUCGCAAGGGAAGGGCUCGGGCAGCGUGACCUCGUGGGACGCCGAGCACCGCUCAGCCUGGGUCCCGGCUGCCCUGGACCUCCGUUUCCAGGAGCCUCCCUCCUGCCACGAAGCGCUCAGCCCACGUCCUGGGCCUGGACAGCUCCAGUGCCCCAUGAUGACUUUACCUCUGGGAUGGAUCUUCUCUUUAGAAAGAGGCCUCUGACUACAACCUGUUUCUGUUUUUGUUUAAAGUGCUGUUUUCAGCAAGUUAGAGGCAGGUCCUCCGCGUCCGCUCUGCCCCUUGGGGAGCACAGCCCGCCGGGCUCACGGGCCCUCCUGUGACUCAGGUCUCCGGGCCCUGAGCCUCCCAUUUGGAUGCAUCAGUGCAUUUUUAUACCAAGCGUGUCUAGGUUGUCCUGUGUUUUUUAUUCUCUCUGUUGUGUGCUGUAGAUAAAGGGUGAUGACAAUCGUAUCCAUGUACUAGAACUUUUUUUAUUAAAGGAGCUUUUCCCAGA